AUUCCUUCAAUAAGUCUAUCUUGUAUUCUCAUAAAAUGUGUCUCAAGUUCAUGCAUGUUGCGCCCUAACGGAAUCGCUUAUCUCUUAAAGCAGACAGGGGCAAAUGUUUGUAUGUGGCGCCAGAAUGUAACCGUUUUUGCAGUCCAACCUGUCAGUGGUAACUUUUGUCGGAGUCUGCAAUGAUUACUUGCUUUCUAUUGACUCAGUUUCUCCUGUCUAAUACCUCUGUUUGGCUGCACUUCGAUAGCCCUUUAGAUUUUUUCACUUGUGCGUCUAACAUGUCUGUGGACUGGGCUGGUUAUGGAUAUGCAGCACUUGUCGCAUCUGGUGGAGUCAUUGGUUACGUGAAAGCAGGCAGUGUUCCAUCUUUGGCUGCUGGGCUUCUUUUUGGAAGUCUUGCAGGCUUUGGUGCCUAUCAGACAUCCAACGAUCCCAAUAAUGUUUGGGUGUCCCUUGCUACUUCAGGAGCUUUGGCUGGUCUCAUGGGUAAGAGGUUCUACGGAUCCAGAAAAUUUAUGCCGGCAGGGUUGAUGGCUGGAGCAAGUCUUCUCAUGGUGGCCAAGCUCAGUGUGGCUUUACUCCAGAAACCUCAGGAGUCUUGAUAUUGUGAAGAUUCAGAAAUGUAUCCUUACGUAUGAGCAGCAUUUUGUCAUUUAAUGUGAUUUCUUUUUUCUUUUCUUUUUUGAAAGUAUGAUGAGAUAUAGUACUUUGUGUAUAUAACAGAAUAAAAAAAAUCAAACAAUA